GUGACGUUGAAAGGGCAAGCGGGGGGGCACGCGCAGGGUUUUUUCAUACUUUUGUAAACAACAUGGCGAUUCACGGACCUGCUCUGCUAGCAGACUGAUCAAACACCGUGUUCUCAGACCUCUGGCUCUCUAGCUUUGUGAGGGGUUUCUGUUAGACGGUGCGGAAGUUGCACACCGAGCACACGGUCCAGUACGCGGAAAAACGACAAAGAGGUGGACCGACGAGCUGUCAAGAAGAUCGUUUGACAGUCCAACGGCCAUCUUCAGUCUAUGGGCUCACAGUCCAGUUCUGGGAUGUCUGGUGGAAGGGGCUCUUCCAGUGGCAACCCAGGAGAGCAGUCUGAAGCGACAGAAUCAAACCAGGGCGGCAGCAGCAGCCGAGGCCGCAGGACGGACAGGCAGUCUUCAUCAGAGGAGGACGUUGACUUAGCAGAAGUGCUGGCUUACUUACUGAGAAGGGGUCAGGUAAGACUGGUCCAUGGCAGUGGAGCCACGGGGCUGCAGCUGGUCCAGUCAUAUUCUGACUCUGAUGAAGACAGCGAUGGAGCCUGGGAUGGACGGCUGGGUGACCGCUAUAAUCCACCAGUGGACACCCAACCUGACACACACGAAGUGGACCGGAGUGAGAUCCGCACUCAGAUCCUGCUGGCCACCGCCUCCUCUUCCUUGAAAGGCUAUCGCAGUUUCACCCACAUGCUAGCAGAGAGAGAAAAAGGCAGAUGUAGAGGCUCCAGUUUUUCCCACGGAGAGUGCAGUCGUAUCCGUACGCAUUUCCUGCCAAACUAUGUGUCCCACAAGGAUACAUACCAGCAGAAAGCCUUCUGUGGAGUGUACAGCGAGGAUGGCAACAUGUUCCUCUCCGCCUGCCAAGACCAGAACAUCCGCUUGUACGACACCAGUAGGGGGCGUUUUCACCUGUGGCGAACGGUGAAGGCCCGUGACGUGGGCUGGAGCGUGCUGGAUGUCUGCUUCACCCCCGAUGCACACCACGUGCUCUACUCCAGUUGGUCUGACUACAUUCAUAUGUGCAGUAUAGAUGGAGACAGUGAAAACCACACCGCCCUGGACCUCAAUCCAGAUGAGAGGAGGUUCUGUGUGUUCUCGCUGGCUGCGUCCACAGAUGGCAAAGAGAUCCUGGGAGGAGCAAACGACGGCUGCCUUUACGUUUUUGAUCUUGAGCAGAAUAAACGAAUGUUGAAGAUUGAUGCCCACGAGGACGACGUGAACGCGGUGGCGUUCGCCGACAGCUCGUCCCAGCUGCUGUUCUCUGGCAGCGAUGACGCACUGUGCAAGGUGUGGGACAGACGGACGCUGCGGGAGGACAGACCGCAGCCUGUUGGACAGCUGGCCGGCCACCGAGACGGCAUCACCUUCAUCCACAGCAAGGGUGACGCUCGCUACCUGAUCAGCAACUCGAAGGACCAGUCCAUCAAGCUGUGGGAUGUCAGGAAGUUCUCGCCCAAAGAGGGGCUGGCAGCUUCCCGUCUGGCUGUCACCCAGCAAAACUGGGACUACCGCUGGCAGCAGGUUCCCCAGAGAGCCCUGAAGAGACACAAGCUGACAGGCGACACCUCAGUAAUGACCUACCGAGGUCAUGGCGUCCUCCACACCCUGAUACGCUGCCGUUUCUCACCAGAGUUCAGCACUGGGCAGAGAUUCAUCUACUCCGGCUGUUCCACGGGCAAAAUCGUCAUCUACGAUGUGCUGACCGGCACGGUGGUAACCAGACUGGUGGGCCACGACGCGUGCGUGAGAGAUGUCAGUUGGCACCCGUACGAGGACAACAUCAUCAGCAGCUCUUGGGACGGAGCGGUUCGAAUGUGGGAGCACAGACAAACCCAUCCCCUAGACGAGGAGCGAGACACGACAAGGGGAGGAGGAGGAGAGGAAGGGAGCUGUUGGAGGAAGUGAUGUUAGCACAGAGGAAGGCAGUGAGCUCAGAAGGCCUGGGAGAGACUUGAGUAUCUGCUAACGUUAGUGCGGGAUAUUAGUGAUUCAAAUGAAAGCGUGGCUGAGAAAAGUUCACUGGGAAGGCGCCUGAGCCUCGUGCUGUCCAGUGCCGAUCAGAACACGGCGGGACGGCUGUUGCCACCUGCAGCUGUCUUUCUGUUUUUUCCCCCCCUGUUUUUUUGUUUAUUGCCUCAUGUCUUGCACAGAAUAAGGAGGCCAGAGCUUUUUCAAUCCAGCCUGGGACAUUUUACUCAAAAUGCGCUGAAGCUGCACUUAACGAGCUGUUGGAAUGAAACAAUAAGUUAG